CACUCUAAGUUGGCUUGCCCUGAAACAGGGCGCCUCCAUCGCCCGCUCCACUUUUUAGGGUGCCAAAUGUCCCCUCGUUUCUGGGCACCUUUGUCGCCUAGGUAGUCUCGGGCGGGGUGCAUAAACUACACAGCAACUGGCCCUCCCCCAUGGCAGAGCAUGCACAUGUGCCUAAUUCCUGAGGUGCCCAGAUGCGUCUCUUUCAAAGUACCAGUUUUAUUAAGUGUAUGAGGUGGGGAUGGGGCAAGAAGGUAAUGACUGCUGCGAACUUAACUGGGGGCAGACGGCGCUCGUGCUCAUUGUGGCGAUGACGCUGCUGGCGCUGGUGGACACUGUGCAAGAGACGAGUGGCCGACCGUUGGCCGAGCGCGUGUCCAUGCGGACGAUGAGUGCAGGCAUAUCCUGCACCGUGUCUCUCGUCAUCCUGUCGACUCGCAAGCGGGUUAUCCUGGACGCUCUGCACCAAGCGCGUCAAGCGGCCCUGCAGCUUGAGGCUGACCCCACCGCGGAAGGCAAGGUGGAGAUGGCGGCAGAGGCUCGGUGGGGCCGUCUGGUGCUGUGGCGGGUGUCUGCGACUUACGCCGCCGGCGUCGUCAUGGGUGUCGUUUUGACUAUGCUUUACGACGACUCCACCGUCGUCAACAAGGGCAUUUUGCAGUUGGGCCAAAGCGUGGCUUGGUGGCAGCCCUGGGGCCCCCAAGCUCUGCUGCGCGUCAAGUGGGUGUUGGUGGAGUUGUGCGCUGUCUGCUGCUGCCAGACGGCCCUGUUCACCGUCCUGUUCUUCGAGCAGGCCAUGCACAGGGUGUGCGCGGUGUUGCUUCGCGAAGUGGGCAGGCGUCUCCAAGACCGUCAGAGCGCCGCCUUGGUGUACACCGUAUCCGUGCACAUUGGAGUGCUGCGCGCGUGUCGGUUGAUGAACGCUGUAUUCGGGUUGCUCUUGCCUUUUUACCUGGUGAUUAGCGUCGGGCUGUCCCUGCUGAGCACCGUGGCGCUGGUGCAGUCCGGCCGGGGCGCGGACACCUACGCCGUGUCCUGCUUCCCCUACCUCUUCAUAUUCUUCGUCCCCAUGUGCUUGGCCGGGCAGCGAGUGCAAGACGCGAGUCAGGGGCUUUUGUCUGCUGCCUACAGGGGCCCGUGGCUCGAGGAGGACGUCCGCGCGCGCCGCUCCCGCUUGAUGUUGAUGACGUCCUGCUCUCGGCCUGCGACCUUCUCGACGCCUGGAGUGGGUUGCUUGAACCGCCCCACUUGCCGGAAGGGGCUGCGGUCGUGGUUCCAGUUCGUGCAAGUCCUCAUGAACUUGAAGACGCAUUGACAUUGGCUGCAGGUCGCAAGUUCGGCUCUCUGCGCACCGCUGACUUUAAAUAACCUCGGUUUUUAGCAGAUGCACUGGUAAAACUAAAGCGUUUUCAAGCUGUUUCUGUUUUCAAGCGUAAUCAGAAUACGCUUGACUCAAGCACAGAGUUACGCUUUAGUUUUACUAGUGUGAUUGUUAAAGUACUAGUAGGGUCUCCCGCCAGAAAUGUUGGGAAUUAAAAUUUGUCGUAAUGCUCUGCGCUUCGCAUCAAGUUAAAGAAAAAGCUGAAAACUCGAUUUUUAGUUAUGUGCAAUUUUGAUCUUAACCUACAUGGUUUUGACCCAUUCAACUAUAAAAACGGCAAAACUCGCGUUUUUGCCCAAAAGUGGCCAUUGGACUUUCUUUGUUCUAUAGUUCUUAUCUAAGGACACCAGAACAAAGUCAACCACUACACUCGUGUAAAUCUUGUCAGAAUUGUGUCUGAAAACCUGAUCAAAAUUCGCGCACCUCUGAAAGCUGAAAACAUGUUCUGACAUUCUGCAGAACUCAGGCCAUCAAUAUCAGCAUAAGUUUUCAGAAUUUCAGCUUUCAGAGGUGCGCUAAUUUUGAUCAGGAUUUCAGACAUGUUUCUGACAUUCUGACAAAAUUUACACGAGUGUACCUCCGCUAUCUCCAUUCCCUCCACAUCUGCUCUUGUCCAAGGUACUUCUAAACCAGCAAGUGUCUCCACAACCACAAUGUCAUCUACCGUCUUAUCCUCCUAAACCUAUGAAUCCAGGAUGAAUUCUACUACGGUUCACCUAAACUUUUUCGCCUAAAACCUAGAUGCCAAAGUUUUUUUUUUUUUUGCCGAAAGUUAACAUUUGUCAUUUGACCUAAAAACGUUUCACCGCAAAAAGAGCUUGCACAGUGUUUGAUUGUAGAGGCGCCAGCCGCCAGCAUUGUUGCCUGCUCUGUGGCUGGGCUUGCAUGCCUGAGUGGCCGAGUUUGUUGUGGCCAAGUUAUGGCCGAGUUUGUAAAAUCUAUAAAAGGGGGCAAUAUUUUGACGCACGAGGGGUUUACAUACCGCAAGAGCAACAAAUAUAAGGACGGCAGUACUGGGUGUGUACGAAGAAACCUACGUGCAAGGCGCGGGCUACGACACGGGGAGAUCCACCCGAAGUCCUGAAGGCUGAUGAAGACAAGCACACGCAUGCCCCUGACCAAGAAACCAUCGCGGCAAAGAAGGGUGUCAACCGCAUGAAGGAGGUGGCGGUGGCAGUGAACCAUCCAGAAAAGGCACCCUCAGUCAUCAUUCGGGACGGCCUGGUGGACGUGGAUGAGCUGUCUCAGCUGCCGCAGCGUUCCGCCCCAAGGAGGACCCUCAAUCGGAAGCGCUAAAGUGAACUGCCGAGAAACCCCAAGUCACUGGCGGAAGUGACAGAUCUGCCUGACGAAUUCCGCAUGACCAGCACAGGUAAAUUAACAACAAAAAUACGAUUUCAAGAAAUCCUAGGAGUCAAGAAGUCAAUUUGAUUAUUGUGUAAGAGUGUGGAGAAAGAAAAGAAGUGGUGUUGUGAAGUUGUGGCUCAGGGAACUACUAAUGGCAGUGGUACCAAUGUAGUCGAUGUGCCACCGAACAAACCACAGGGCAGGGCAAGGGGGCUAACCCGAAGACCGCUUGCCGCUUGCGCUGUUGCCAAGUCUCUGCGCCGACUCGAGGAGUCGAGCAGACGACACACGACGCGGAACCCAUAUAACCUCACAUCAAACAUCAUUUAUGAUUCCAGCAUUCAAAAUUUGUUUUCAUCGUGACAGCGGACAGCUUUUACGGGGAUGAGUUAUUGGUUGUUCCUCAUUUUAGAAGGAUUGGGCAGAGAUUUUCUGUCCAAACCUUCUUCUUUUGAUAGUGUGUGGUUAGUUUGAGUAACUGCAAUCUUACGACAGAAAAAGGUCCACAAGCUCUGAGCGCUUGUUCAUACACUACGAAUGUUUGAGAUCACUGAACCUAUUCGAGAAGCCCUUUUACGAUGAUGAUCCUGAACGACAAAGUACAAUGGGCCAGUAUUUUGACCUGCAGUGACCAAAAAAUUCUCUUCACUCUUUGAAGUUUGGGUUUCCUCUUUGUCGACACUAAUUUGUACAAAUGCGACUGGUAAAAGAAAGAAACAAGAAUUUCUAGGGCUAUGAAAUAGUUUUAACAAAUCUCACAGGUACAUGAAUAGAAUGAUUGAAAAUGAAAUAAUUUUAAUGAAUCUCACAGGUACAUUAACAUUUUAAAACCAAAGAACCUCGAGCAACAUUAUCACGCAUGAUUUGUGCCGAGUACUUGAUACAAAUCUCAGCAGUCUUACAUGUCACUUAAAUGAAUUCAGAUAAUUGUCAGAGAGAAAACCAAAGGCUGGAUGACAGAACUUCUCUACUUCACUUUUAUUAUCGAAAGGGCGACUUAAAUAAUAGUAUAGACAUAUGUAGUCGAUUAUAAUAAGAUUGUGGAUGUAGUAUUACAGGUAUUUAGAAGAAGAUACUAGAAAGUUAAAGUAAAAAAGGUGCCAAGCAUAAAAAAACAAACAAUAUGAUGCAUUCCCUUGCAUUCUCUUGAACCAAGCUCUGAAGUGGCGCUUCACUCUAGAUGUGGAUGACUGACGAAAGUGUAGGUACUUUCCCUAUGUCCG